AUGGACAUCUACGUGUCCAGUCUCCCCAGCACCAUCACUCAUCGCGAGCUGGAACGCACUUUCGACAGGCCGCUGAAGCAGUGCGGCGUACAUCAGUUCCACAUCGAGAAAUUCCGAGGCAAACCGAGUGCCAAUAUCACUGUCCUCGAUGUCAAUGCGGGCGAAGCCUUUCUCAAGGCCUUUGGGACCAAUCGCAAUCGACGUCCUCUGCUCCCUCUUCGCUAUGGCAACAAGCAGUUGCACAUUGCAAAGAGUCGCAAUGAGCCAAGCGACUUCUCUCUGCGUGCUCUGAUGCAUGAGCAGACAAUACAGCUGCAGAAGCCCAAACCAGCCCCAGAAGCCGCCCAGCCCAAGGCCAGCAACGAGUUCCUCUGCGAUGUUCUGCAAUGCGGCAACUGGGAAUCCUCCAAAGACGCUCGUCUCCGAAGCCAACCAAAGCUCAUCUUCAUCACCCACGCCUCUCAUCACGUCUCCGGCAAGGUCAUCUUUGGUCGUCGAGAAGCACGUAUCAUCUUGGAUGUUACAGGCACCCUCAAACACCGCGUCGAUAUUCCUUACCAGGACUGCCACGACAUCGUGCUUGGCACGUCCGAUUUUCCCUCUGUGACCUUCACCUGCUAUACUGCACCAAAGAUGUAUGAAUUCGACAUGUUCGACGACCACGAUGGCCUUGGUACUCUGCUCGCACAGAUGGCCGCAGCCAAUCUCGGGAACCGCACGCCACAGCAGACCAACCAGCCAGCAAGAAAGCACCGUAUCUCCUCUCUGAACCCCGCACAUGCACGCGCCGUCGGCCAUUGUUUCGUCUACAGGAUCGGACUGCGUGAUAGAACCAAGCUGUCCAACAUCCGAACGAUCGUGUCCCGCAGUGAGAAGUGCGCUGUCCUCGGCCUGAAGACGGCCGUGGACAUCCCACGGGAGACCAUGGAUGCAGCUUUCACUCGCCUCAAUCACGAGCUUUCUGACCAGAGCAGAUAUGGUAACCGACCUUUUCAACUCCUCUUCCAGAUCGACCGGCUGGCGCGAAACGGAUUUCUGCCACCGGACAAAGUCGCAGAUCUGCUGCCACGCAUAUCCAGAAUCCACAGGGCGCACGGCUUGCACGAGACUGUUUCUGGACUGCGUCUGUUCGCUCGAAAUCUACCGAUGCCAGGCCCAGAGUCUCAAGCUCAAGACUUCUCUAUCGGUGCUCUCGAAGAAAUGCUGGAAACCUGUGUCGCCGGCUAUGAUGCGUAUGCGCCUGACAACCCCUACGAAUUGGCAAAGCGCUACAGUCAUAUCAACCUCAUCCACAAGGUCAUCAUCACACCAACGUCUAUUCGACUAGCAGGGCCUGAACCGGAACCAACCAAUCGCGUCUUGCGACAGUAUUCCGACAAGACGGAUCACUUCGUCAGAGUCCUGUUUCAAGAAGAGUCUGGUGGCAGAGUAAGCCACGACUGGAACAGCAAUUACAGUCGAAUUUAUCACGAACGCGUCAAAGGCAUCCUUGAUAACAGUAUCCUCAUCGCUGGCAAGGCUUUCUCUUUUUUGGGUUUCUCGCACUCGUCAUUGCGCAGUCAGUCAUGUUGGUUCAUGGCUCCCUUCGUCAGAGAUGGCACUCUCAUGCUCGCGGAGCAUGUCCUCAAAGCGCUCGGGGACUUUUCGAAGAUCCGUACUCCCGCGAAAUGUGCCGCCCGUAUUGGCCAGAACUUCACCGAUACCAACACGAGUGUGCGCAUAGAGCAGGAGCAAGUCUUCAAACUCGAUAUGGUUGUACGGAAUGGUCGUGAUUUUGCAGAUGGCGCAGGCACAAUCUCAUUGGACCUGCUGCGAGAGGUGUGGCAGCGUUAUGGUACGAAGCGGAUGCUGAAGCCUACAGCUUUGCAAAUUCGGUUUCAAGGCGCAAAGGGCAUGGUCGCUCUGGACUCCCGGCUGCGUGGCAAACGCCUGAUGCUACGGGACAACAUGACAAAAUACAUCACCGAGUCAGUGUGGGAUUUUGAGAUCUGCGGCGCGGCAUUUCGUCCGCUUCCUAUGAUUCUCAACCGACAGUUCAUCAAGAUCCUUGAAGAUCUUCUGGUGCCACUGGAAGCGUUCACGACGCUACAAGACGCAGCAAUGCGGCGACUGAAAAUGAUGACGCAGUCUUCAAUCAAUACCGGCCACUUCUUGGAUGAGGUCUCGCACAGCAAGGCCAGUGGCUUGCCCAUGUUGAUUCGAUACCUGGGCCAGAUCGGACUCGACUACCACACCGACGAAUUCUUGUACAAGGCCGUGGAGCUCGCAGUGAUCGCUGAACUUCGUGACAUCAAGCACCGCGGCCGGAUCCCAGUCGAGAAAGGUGUCACACUUUACGGUCUGCCAGAUGAGACCGGAUACUUGAAAGAGGGUGAAAUCUUCGUCAUUACCGAGAAGGCGCCUGAAGGGGGAAAGCAGGUGCUCGUGAGGGACAACAUCGCCAUCACUCGAUCGCCGGCACUGCACCCUGGUGAUAUCCAGCUCGUUAACGCCGUUGACGUCCCAGUCAACAACCCCAACCGGCAGCUGUCCAAUGUCGUUGUCUUCAGCAAGUGGGGAACGCGCGACCUGCCCAGCAUGCUCAGCGGCGGAGAUCUCGACGGAGAUCUCUACAAUGUCAUCUGGGAUCCCUCGUUGAUCCCUCGCGUAACCUACAUGCCUGCAGAUUACCCACGAGUUCCGCCGGUCGAAUUAGCGAGAGACGUGACACGAAAAGACAUGAGCGACUUCUUUGUGACAUUCAUGGAGAACGAUAAAUUGGGCGUAAUUUCCAACCAACACCUGCAGCUUGCAGACCAGCGCCAACGAGGCACACUGGAUCCGGACUGCAUCAAGCUUGCCGCGUUGGCAUCUACGGCAGUGGACUACAGCAAGACUGGUGAACCAGCUAACAUGCAGGGUGCACCAAAAUUUCCCAGGUUCAAGCCUGAUUUCAUGGCUCCGAAUCCUCGCGUUACGGUGUCCACAGAAGGUCUACUCGCUCUCGAGGAGGAAGACGAUGGGCAGGACGAAGCCUUCGAUAGAAUCGACGCAGAACGCCGCCCAAUGCGGUACUACGAAAGCCAGAAGGCGCUCGGCAAGUUGUACCGGCGGAUCGACGAGCGCCAGUUCCUGGCAGACAUGCAAAAAGAUUUUCGGGUCGCCAACGGCGCUCGCUCUCGCAGAGAUCUAAUGCCUCAGGUGUUACAAUACGCUGUGCACACUGCUACAGUCACUUUCGGUGGCAAUCUGUACACACAGCACAAAGAUCUGGCGCGAGAUAUCCGUGCCAGCUACGAAGAAAGUCUCGCGAAUCUGAUGUACGACUGCGAGCCCACUCCCCAAAAGGCACUUACUGAAAGCGAAGUCUUCGCCGGCGAGAUCCUGGGACGCCACAAUGGACCCGAUGGCAAGCAACUUCGCGAACUCGGCGAGACCAUGCGCAACCGCUUCAAGCAUAUCGUCGACUACUGCAAUCUCCGCAUCACGCAUGGCGAUGACCUGAUGGAGCAAGUCGAGGACCUUGACGACUUGUACGGCGAAGAGUACAGUGAUCGCGAGAUCGAAGCUCUUCCUCGCGCACUUGCCUGUCUCGAAGUCGCUGUCACGGAGUCAGGCUACCAGGACCUGCGAGUGGGAAAGCUGCAGAGCUUCAAGUACAUCGCUGCUGGUGCGGCUUUACGAGAGCUGGAUCGUUACAAGGUCACUACUCUCGGCAGCUACUCUGGCUUGCCAAGGGCCUUUGAGUGAGGCUGAAAAAUGACGGAAAGAAGUAUGAGACUGAUGACUGUGUGCAUUGACGAGCCAUCACGACAUAAAUAGCCCAUACUGCUCUCUAGCAUACGAUCCUAAUCGAUGCGGAGCAAUAGAAACUGUAAUUGACGAACCGAGCCUUGCCGUAUAUCAGAGCGCUUGAUGAAUAACAACCCAAGCGGCACUUCAUCCCGCG